GUGGUCAGAGACCGAGCUGCUACAAGUGAUCUUUCUCGGAUGUGCAACUCCGCGCACGCUGACCCAAGGCGCUGGCGAGCCCUCAGCCCGAGUGGGUGAUGCUGGUCUCGCUCGGACGGCAGUGUGGCGCUGGGGUCGCGGGUGGGGGAGAGGGGUCAGCCCUGCUUCACCGGGACAAACGCGGGGUGGGCUGGCGGAUCGUGCAAAUCGUCGCGAUUUUUCUCUUUUCAAACCCCGCAGACGCGGAGCCCCGACUCCCUCCUUCCCUCUCUCUCUCUCUCGCCCCCCCCCGGUGACGAGCCACGCCUCGCCUCGCACAGCCAGAGCCAGACAGCCAGCCGGCCGGCCGGACGGACGGACAGACCGACGGCCAUGUUGGGAGAGGCGAGCGCGCGGCGCCCUCCCUCCUAGCGGCGGAACUCGCGGGGCUCCGCAGCGGCAGCACGCGCGCACGCGGGGACAGGGGCACCGGCCGAGGCGCCAGGAGGAGGAGGAGGAGGAGGAGCAGCGGAGAGGAAGACGGAGAAGGAGACUCGCUCUCUCUCUCGCUCCCUUUUUUUUUAAUUCAUAAUUUGUGGACGGGGAUUUUUUUUAUCUCGAGAGGAGGAGGAGGAGGGGGACAAACAACUUGUGUCUGGAAAUCGGCUCGACCCGUUCCCCCUUACGUUCCGGCGUCGGGUCCGGCUUGGGGUUGUUGGCUGUGGGGGAGUUUUGCCGUCUUGAGGCUCAGCACAGAUAUUCCUUUCCUGGUUUUUCUGCUUCUCCCUGGAAAAGCGGAAGGGUGGCGAGGAGACAAAAAUGCCGAAACCGAUCAACGUCCGGGUCACUACCAUGGAUGCAGAACUGGAGUUUGCCAUCCAGCCCAACACUACUGGCAAGCAGCUCUUUGACCAGGUAGUGAAGACUGUGGGCCUCCGAGAAGUUUGGUUCUUCGGGCUGCAAUAUACAGACAGCAAGGGUUACAGCACGUGGCUGAAACUGAAUAAAAAGGUGACGCAGCAGGAUGUGAAGAAGGAGAACCCCCUGCAGUUCAAGUUCCGGGCCAAGUUCUUCCCGGAGGACGUGUCGGAGGAGCUCAUCCAGGAGAUCACGCAGAGGCUCUUCUUCCUGCAGGUCAAGGAGGCCAUCCUGAACGACGAGAACUAUUGCCCCCCGGAGACCGCCGUCCUGCUGGCCUCCUACUCUGUGCAGGCCAAGUACGGAGACUUCAGCAGGGAGGUGCACAAGCCCGGGUACCUCUCCAACGACCGCCUGCUCCCACAGAGGGUCCUGGAACAGCACAAGCUAACCAAAGAGCAGUGGGAAGAGAGGAUACAGACCUGGCAUGAGGAGCACAGAGGAAUGCUCAGGUGGGAUAAGGGGGACCUGUCUUCUGUGGCUGUGUGGGUCAGAGGAGAAGACCCGGUUGUGCAGCGGCGGGGCUGGGUGAUGUCCAGUCAAUACGAGCGAUUAAUCUUCAGCUGUCUCUGUGCCCCGAAGGACUUCGUCUUCUAUGCCCCGCGGUUAAGAAUAAACAAGCGCAUCCUGGCCCUGUGCAUGGGCAACCACGAGCUGUACAUGAGGAGGAGGAAGCCAGACACCAUCGAGGUGCAGCAGAUGAAGGCGCAGGCCCGGGAGGAGAAGCACCAGAAGCAGCUGGAGAGGGCGCAGCUAGAAAACGAGAAGAGGAAAAGAGAGCUGGCAGAGAAGGAGAAGGAGAGGAUAGAGCGAGAGAAGGACGAGCUGAUCGAGCGUCUCCGGCAGAUUGAGGAGCAGACGCUGAAGGCGCAGAAAGAGCUGGAGGAGCAGACCCGGCGGGCCCUGGAGCUGGACCAGGAGCGCAGGCGGGCCCAGGAGGAGGCAGAGCGCAUGGAGCGGGACCGCCGGGCGGCGGAGGAGGCCAAGGCGGCGCUGGCGAAGCAGGCUGCGGACCAGAUGAAGAACCAGGAGCAGCUGGCGGCUGAACUCGGCGAGUUUACUGCCCGAAUCGCGCUGCUGGAGGAGGCCAAGAGGAAAAAGGAAGAGGAGGCCACAGAAUGGCAACACAAAGUAACGUUUUUCAUUCUCACAACACCUGUACUCGUCUGGCUCACGGUCAGUGGCUUACACUCCAGCGACGGCGUCGCCAACCACCGCAGCGAGGAGGAGCGCCUCACCGAGGCGCAGAAGAACGAGCGCGUCAAGAAGCAGCUGCAGGCCCUGAGUUCGGAGCUGGCCCAGGCGCGAGACGACACCAAGAAGACGCAGAACGACGUGCUGCACGCCGAGAACGUGAAGGCGGGCCGGGACAAAUACAAGACCCUGCGGCAGAUCCGCCAAGGCAACACCAAGCAGCGCAUCGACGAGUUCGAGUCCAUGUGAGCCGCGGUCGCACGCUGGCGUCCGUGUGUGGCCGGGCUCCCAGCAGAGAGGCCGUCGUGUUGCCUUGCCAAAGCUCUGUCCUUGCACUGCUCCGGCGGAGCCAGCCUGCUCGCCCAGCGUCGCCGGGAAGCUGGGGAGUCGCUUAGCCGUGGAGUACGCGUCACAACACAUCACAUAUCCUAUUAAAUAAACUUUAUUCGCAGCCUAAAGGUGAUUUGCAUGUCUGAUCCAAAAAAGCAUUCUCGCUUAUAUCCGAAAAGGCUGUGUAUAGCUUUAAUGCAGCUGGCGCCCUAUGUGAAGUUUCAACCUUCACGGUUUUUUGCAGUUGGGAUAACUGAAAUCCUGACUCUAGGAGCCUGUUUUUGGUUUUAUUAGUAAUUUCUUCUUAUUCCCUCGCUAAUUCAUGCUGAAUGCAUGAAGAAAGUGCUUACCUGUCUGCAGUGGGGUAGUGUUGGAGUGGCAGGCUGCCCUUUCCCUUUCGUUAGCGCUGGUCACAGGCGUAUUUCUUUUUUCUUUUUCGUUGUAUUUCGUGUAUUCAUUGUAUAAAACGGGCCGUUCAAGAGGGCAAGAGUCAGAAGGCGAGUGGGACGUAGAGAGAUGUAUGACAGUCAUGCUAACUCCAUGAGUGUUAUGAUGCAAAGCCUUUUUGUUGCUCAGACAAGCAGUUGCUGAGGCUGUGUUUCUUCAAAGGCAAGGUUUCACCAUGGCGGGCUGAUCAGAUCCACACAUUACCUUUGGAUCAUUCGCGGGUAGGGAUAGCUAACAAAGCACUUCGAUUAUGCUUGCGUAUGGCAGUUUUCAUAAGCAUGUCAAACUGCAAGGUGCACCUGUGCAGGUGAUCUUCAUAUGGAAACACAGGGAACCACAUUCAGUGGGGAAAAAAAUGUGUUCCGUACCACGCAGUAUUUUCAUAUUCUUUGAGUCAAACUGUACUAAGCCUCCUGACUAAAUCGGAUGAUUACCAAAGCAAAAACAUUAACCUUUCAUUGGGCAGGAAAUAAAACCCAAAACUGGCGAAAGGUAUUAUUUGAUUCAAGCACAGUGUUACAUUUUCAACAGUAUUUUAAAUAAUCCUGUAUUUUAUUUUUGCCUUAGGUAUUCAUGACACAGGUCCUCUAAAUAGAGAUGUGAGUUGGUGUUUCCGACCCUGCUAGAAUUAACAAAUGUUAACAAAAAGGCUGUGGUGUCUACCGUAGGUGGCGCUAGUUUUAAGUUUAUUAGUGAAUCGUUAGUCUGAUUUUUCUGUCUUCGGGAAUGUGAGAGCUGUGGAUUAGAAUGAACCACAUUAAGAUCUGAGCCCUCAAGAGACUGGCUGUGGAGUCUCUUUCCUCUGCCCUGGUGUUUGAUACCCUGCCAUUAUAGACGGACCACCAUCCCCACGCUGACACCAUCUGAAAAGGAUCCAUCUCCAUUUCGUUGUCCUGAGAGGGAAGGAAAUGCAGAAGAAAUCCCAGUGGAUCUGCCGCAUUUAAAAAAUGGUGUUAUGUUUGGAUUUCGAAGUGUUUAAUCAAACCUUCCAAAAAAAACACCCUGAAUGUAAAACACUUGUGAGAACAUCCUGAUUUUUGGAAGGCUUCACCUGUUCUUCCACCUGAUUGCCCAGCCCUCUUGUGUACAAAAGACUGCCUGUGUGCGUACAUUUAAUUCCCUUUGACCAUUUUGUGUUUAAUGAACUAGGAGAGGCAGUUUAUUUUGUAAAACUGACAGAUUCCCUGUUGAGAUGUCACAAACGUGAUCAUGUGUGUAAUCUUAAAACAAGCUUUUGUGAUCAGUAUUUUUCUUCAAGAAUGGGCUUUUCGAGUUUUUCUGUGACAGCUCUAACACACUGCCGAAAUAACCGGAGCAGUUCUGAAGCCCGGCGUAUUUCACACUGGACUGCUUCCAAGAACAGUUGCAAAGGUUUCUCGAAUUGGAAUGAGACACAUUUAGCUCAAAAAAGAUCCCCUAAUAUUGUCUUCUAAGUAUUAAAAUGAAUCAUGCAGAAAAUUGCUCUGGUGAGCUUUGUGAUGUAUAUAGUGUUGAACAAAUAGUACUGCAGUUUGCUUAGCUGAGUGGAGAAUGGCUGACAGUGGUUAGCUUAAACCUUGCCUUCUUAAGAGCACUAAGCUGUGGACAAAAUGUAGGUCAUUAUUUUGGUUGUGUAUGAGCAAGAGAUGUUUAGUUUGUUUUUUAGCAGUUGCAGAUGCGUCUGAAUUCACACGGUGCAAAUCUGUUCACGUUCCUGCAAUCAGUGUGAUGUGAUCACUUAAUAACCCAGAGGAAGCCCUUUGUGCGGCCACUUCGCAGGUUCUUGAAGUGCUCUUGAGGUGUAUUUGACCACACCUCCACACACAAUCACUGCUAGUCCUGCAGGCUGCAUGACCUGUGUGACGUGAUCUUCCAUUCAUAUCAUAAAUGUUUUACUGGAGCCUGUGCUCACCAAACAAAAACACCGGGUUCUACGUUUCGGUCAUCGAGUCUGAAGCUGGACUGUCACCUUGGUGUGAAGUCAGUUUGCAGCCAGGUGGGGUCCUGCGAACGCAGAUGCCUUGUGGAUUAUUUGUCACUGUUGCUGUAGUUGUCAGGUUGUCAAGUCAAUAAUCCUGCACCUUAGAACAACCUGACGUUCCUUCUGGUGAAGUGAUACUGGGUGCUGUAGUUCUGUUCUGCUUCCAGUAACGCCCAGUGGCAAUCCAGUUGACCUUUCAGAGGAUGAUGUUUUGCUACCAAAUGACUUGAAAACAGUAGCAUAUAUUUUCAAAUAAGGGUGUGACCACAUCUCAACAUUGUGCGUUUAGAAAUGUAAAAAUAAUUCUAUGUAACCUUAUAUACGCAGUACUCCUUUUCACACAGUAAGGCACUGUGGACCUUGUAUAGUGUCAAGAGGUGAAAGCAGGAUGUGCCGGUCUGCCGAUCCUCAGUCUUCUUAUGAAAUACAGGAAUUCCAGCCAGAAACAAAAGGCUUACAACAUGAACGAUUCCAGACCGGGUGGGUGUAUGUCAGAAAAUAUAAUUGGCGACUCUUAAAGAUGUGUGUAUAUAUAUAUAUGCCAGCAGUAACAAGACCCCCAUAUUUUCAGCUACUUUUUCAUUGGUGUCUGCAGUUAGCAUUCUCCUUUUAAUUAGAUUACAGUUCUGCUCAAAUGAGUUUAAAAAAAGGUACAUUCAUCUGACAUAGACUUGAAAGCAUUUUUUCAAAGGUACCGUUUCACGCAAAUUAAACCCUUCUACACAAUUGCAAGCACGAAUGUAUUUUCUAUGUCAAUAUUGCUUUUUUUCCUAAUCUUGGCCAUUAAUGGCGAUGGCAGUUCCAGUGUGCUCCUUCGCCCAGCUGGUUUUCCGAGUGGCACAUGUGACGUUUGUGGGUUUUAUUUUCCCAGACACUGAGCUGUUAGGAAUAUGCAAGAGCUUUUUUGCACAUUUAACAAAGCAUUUCGUGCAGGGUUUUGAGCUCUGUUGCUAGCGGUGUGGUUAUUUCCAGUUUUUCUUGCAUGACUGCAUUGUGUAGUUUCAGAAUAAGCUAUCUUGUUAACAGCCGUUUGAUCAAAUUUGACUCCACAUUCGUUUUCUUCUCCGAGACGGGUAUUGUGAGACUUUGAGAAUUUGCUGUGAUUCUCUGGUAGGUGGCUGUGCUUUUGUGCAGCUCAGGGUUGGAUGUUUUCCUGAAGUGGAUUAGCACAGCCCAGAAAAGUACAGAUAGAGUGAAGGGCGCAGUCCUAUGAAUAAAGGAUCUUGGGACGUGUGGCAUGGGGUCUGGAGUCGCAACUUGUCGGUGUGCAGGUUCGAAAGCAGUUUUGAAGAUCGUGUUGUUGAACAAUGGAGUCAAGAGUAAGAUGAUGUACAUCUCACGGAGUGCCGUUCUGUCAUCUCUUUCAAGCUCUCACAGUGCUCUGCACUCUUGGGUCAUGGCUUCCUUACACCUCUAAGAACUGCAGGUUUGCUGGGUUGCAAUCUGGCCUCUUAGGUUGUUUCACUCUCUUCGUUGUGGUGAUGUAGGAAAAGGAAGACUCACUCCUAGCGUCCAGUACUGCUUUAGGUUAUACAACUCAAACAGAACUGAUCGUAUGAAACGUCUUGCGCAAUUGCCGAGAGUCCAGCGCCGUCUGGAUUCACUCAGUUGACACUAGAGAGAAGGGAGAAUUCACUAGGCCAUCCGACUGUUUACUCCAAGGUGUGAAAUCUGCAGAUUUCAUAUCAGAACACGUUUCCUCUCUGGUGGCGGUUCAGCAUUCUUGAUUAUUAUGGACUCACAACCGUGCUGGUCAAUAUUGUUGAAAUUGCCGUUUAAUGUAAAGCAUUUCCAUGCGCAGUAGGCCGAAGGUACUUCUUGAUCGUUGCAUCUUUUCCGAAGACAAUUUUUCAGAUGCUUUUUUUUUUUGGAGUCGUUUCUUUUUCUUUUGUAAUGGAAAUCACUGUUUUUGUCAUAUUGUUGAGACGAUGGCUGGUUAAGGUUUCGGAAGAUGCCCGCACGCUCUUGAUCGCUGCUUUCCUGGAGUGCGGGACUCCUCUCGGGGGGGCUUGAGCUGCGGAGCCCCAGAGCUUUGGCAGGAGCGGACGUGAACUCCGGGGAACGAACACGCGCCUGUAUUUGCCAUAGCAAGUGAAAUACUGUGCUUCCAACUUUAUUUUCCUGAAGCGCGUGUGACUAACACUGAUGCGCCAGUUACCGUGUGGGCCGUUCCUAGGUCUGUAUGUUUAUAGAGUUACUACCAGAAUGGAUCUAAAUCCAUUAAUAUUGAUUGUGUGAACAAUUUUCUAAGCAAGCAGGGAAAAAUAUUUUCUCAUGUAUAUCUUUUUUUUGUUCUUGUUUUCGCUGUGGUGGUGGUGGUGGGGGGGAGCUGGCAAUACAGAGCACUAACCAGUUUUAAUCCAAACGGCUCCCUCUCCCCCCGUCAGCCUCCAGGAGAAACUGUGUUGUACAAUCAAGCCCACCUUUUUUGGACAAGGUCCAUCGGUUAACAGUGAAGCUAUCGGAUUUACUCCUGCGCGGUGCGGCGCGGUGCAGCGGUGUGCUGCGGACGGCCCGGCGGGACAGGAAGGACGCGCGCUGGCGUCGGCUCACGCCGGAGACGCCCGCAGCCCCGGUGGGUAUGUGUUGCGCGCCGCUCUCCCGGAGCGAGAGAUACUUCUGUCUGGGGUCCGGCGCUUCAGUAGGAGGCAGCCAGUUAGAAACUCUAAACUCCCUGCGGAGAAGAAGCCUGCGUCGGCCUCGCCGGCCUGGGGGAUGAGUCCGACGAGGCGAUGGGACACACACCAAUACACACCGCUUGAAACUGUUCUCCGCACGCUUUCACACUCCUUACUUCAUUGCUAACAGGGGAGGGAAAUCGGGAAUUUUGGGGGGCAAGGGUUUCAACAUUUUCUCUGUUAUAUUUUUUGGAGGUGGUCAAUAAAGUUUACUUCAAACCAAA